CCCAGCAAGCUAGCUGUAGCUUUUAUACAAUACAAAGAUGCUUGCCGAAGUGAUAGCGGGUGUGGAUGGUUACAGCUUUGAAAUAGAGGUGGCUCUGGACAAGCAGCUUGGUGCCAGACCAUUGCCAUUCGCUGGGAUGGACAAGAACAAGGCUCCACUGUGUGAGCUGCACUUAGUAGGAGGGUGUCUGCGUGGGCCACACUGUCCAUACAGACACACGAGAGGAGGUCAGAGUACAGUCUGUAAACAUUGGUUACGUCACUUGUGCAAAAAAGGAGAUGACUGUGAAUAUCUUCAUGAGUAUGACAUGUCAAAGAUGCCUCCAUGCUACUUCUUCCAGAAGUUUGGAGAGUGUAAUAAUCGCGACUGCCAGUACCUGCAUGUUGAUGCUGAGACACUCAAGGUCAAAGAGUGUGCAUGGUACGAUCGAGGUUUCUGCAAGCAUGGGCCCCUUUGUCGCAAUCGACACACUAGGAGAGUACUGUGUCAGAACUAUCUGUGUGGGUGUUGCCCAGAUGGUCUUAAAUGCAAGUUCAUACAUGCCAAGUUUGACCUCCCUCUAACUACACUCACUUCUUCAGCUACUCAACAGCUCUUUACUGGUGGUGGCUUCAACACUAAAGCAACAAGAAGACCUCUCGACCAAGUCACCUGUUUCAAGUGUGGAGAGAAGGGACACUACGCCAACAUGUGCCCUCAAUCAUUCAGAGCCAUGCAGAUGGGCCUCAUAGGUAGUCAGGCUCAACAUGCUGCCAAUGUUGGUGUGAAAUGAUUAUUAUUAUUAUGACAAAAGUCCAAUCAUAGAACAGUG